GCCAGCGACCAAAAGCAGAGAGUAGGAGCCCGAAGAUGACAUCAUCCGGAGCUCGUCUGCCAAUCAGCUUCAGUAGUGGAUCCCGCGAAUUCCCAAUGAGCUGCAGCGGUUUUGCAGGAGGGGGUGGCUUUGGGCGGAAGUGGCUUUGUAGCCCCAGAGAAGCGAAAUGGGGGUGAAGCUGGAGGUGUUUCGGAUGACACUCUACCUCACCUUUCCUGUGGCUAUGUUCUGGAUUGCCAAUCAGGCCGAGUGGUUUGAGGACCACGUCAUACAGCGCAAGAGGGAGCUGUGGCCACCUGAGAGGGAGGACCAGGAUGAAGCCAAUCCCACUUGGACUCUUCUUGUAAUUGGCACAGUGCUUCCAGUGUAGACACUGAACUCUGAAGCCAUGGCCUGGGGAGUAGGGGACAGAGUGGUGGGAGAAGGGUCCAUGCCCUGAGGUAUGUGCCCUGCUCCCUUCCCAUCCCACCCUUUCCCCAC